AUGGGCAAAAGGAAAGCCGCAGCCAAGCCACAGAAAAAGAUCAAGCAAAAGCUUGAUACGACUUUCCGCUGCUUGUUUUGCAACCACGAGAAAUCCGUCAUAUGUACUUUGGACAAGAAGAAUGGUGUUGGUGAUUUAGCAUGCAAAAUCUGCGGGCAGAGCUUUCAGACGGCGAUCAACUCUCUAUCGCAGCCAGUUGACAUUUACUCAGACUGGAUUGAUGCCUGUGAGGAUUUGGCCGAGGAGGCCGAAGCUAGAGGUGCCGACUUGGAAAAUGUCGAGGAGGCCUACAGCGAUGAUGACGAUGAUGCUCCAUCGAGGUCUGCCAGAGAUCGUGGUCUUUCAGACGACGAAUACUGA